UGAAUUUGGGGUUGAUGGUGGACCAGCGGCUAAGACCCUGAAACCGAAGUUCAACAUCUUCUUGAAGCAUGCAACUGAUUAUACUGGUUUGAAAGUGUCAGAUGUUGAAAUCAAACAUUUAAUUGCAGCUUCAAUUGUUAUGAAGGGAUUGGGAAGCUUUCUUUUCAUAUUUGGGAGUUCAAUUGGAGCCUAUUUGCUGCUUCUUCACAAAUUGAUAGCCACUCCAAUCUUGUACGACUUCUACAACUACAAUGAUGACAGAAAAGAAUAUGGUCAACUUUUUGUUAAGUUUACACAGAGUCUGGCAUUGUUUGGGGCAAUACUGUUCUUCAUCGGUAUGAAUAAAAUAUCUUCAUCACUCUAUGUUCUUCCCAUUUCGUGAUUUGUAAGUAUUCCUCCUUCAUUUCAUAAAAUAUCUAUCUAUAGAUCUGCAUUUAUUCAUGUAUUAUCAUCUCUAUUAAGUCGAUUCGAGCUUUAUCUAUUUCCGAUCUCGAUUUCUCGAUCUUAUAUGAAUUAGAAAUGUAUAUACCAUAGGUUAAAAUCAAAUGAAGAAUUAUUCUCAUGAUUUGUGAUAAUUAUGUGUUUUUUGAACCGAAGAUGUCAACAGCUAUUGAUGUUACUCCUAAAGGUGGAUUUAAUCUCGACUUAUGUCGGUGAAAUGAAAUUCUAUUGAACAAAGGACUGAAAUCUUUGUCUUUCCUUAAGACUGGAACUACCAUUGUUGGCUUAAUCUUCUAGGAUGGUGUUUUUCUUGGAUCUGAUACCCGAGCUACUGAAGGACCAAUUGUGGCUGAUAAAAAUUGUGAGAAAAUUCAUUACAUGGCUCCUAACAUCUAUUGUUGUGGAGCUGGUACUGCGGCUGAUACCGAGGCUAUUACAGAUAUGGUUAGUUUACAGUUGAAGUUACAUCGAUUCCAAACUGAUCGUAAUUCGAGAGUGGUGACUGCUCUUACAUUGUUGAAAACUCGUCUUUUCGGAUUUAUCCUCAUGGAUCAACCGAUACUCUUCCAUUUGCCACGAUGAGUUCUGGUUCACUUGCUGCUACGGCGAUAUUUGAAUGAAAUAUGGUGAAGGUCUUACUAAGGAGGAUGGGGUCAAGUUGGUAAUUGAGGCUAUUUGCUAUAGUAUAUUCAAUGACUUGGGCAGUGGAAGCAAUGUUGACCUUUGUGUGAUCACAAAGGGACAAACAGAGUAUUUAAGAAACCAUCUAGCGCCUAAUCCUCGUACUUAUGUUAGCAAAAAAGGCUAUACCUUCUCCAAGAAGACUGGGUGAAGAAAUAGAGGUUUUACUAGUGACAAUGCCAGACUGCAAAGUGAGAAGUUGAUAAGCAAGUUGAGGGAAUUAUACCAACACUCAUCGCCAAAGGAUAUAGAUCGCCAAAGGAUAUCAAUGAAGUGUGACUGAAAGUAGUUAAGUUAUUUUCAGGAACUAUUUAUUUGAAAUUUAAUGCAUUUUAUUUAAAUAAAUUUAACAUUAAAUGUAAGUUAAUUAAUUAAUGUUCUUUUUAUUUAAUUAUUAAAGUUGUUUUUAUCA